UCUUGUUUUGUUUAACAGCUGUUUUCAAUUUGUUUAUUGAAUUGUUGUGUGUGCAAAUCUUUUAUAUUACAUCGUACCUUAAUCAAAUUUUCAAAAUGCUGCAAAGGCGUUGUAUUGUUAUUAAUAUGCGUUCCGCCUUAGCAUUAAUUAUGAUUUUCAUAUUAAGUGGCAUACGACAGAGUCAGACCGCUGGUGGUAAUCUCAUGGAAACCGAAACAAAGUUGGAAGGUCAAACGAAAAAUAUCACCAACAGCAACGAUGCUAUACCACUUACAAUCAAAAGUAUCAAUGACACUAAUGUAUCCUGUCCAGUUGGACCAGAAAGUGAGUGUUCAACAUUACCACAUUCCUGCAUUCGCUGCCAUUAUAAUUAUUCAUGCCAUUACGGACGAGAUAUUAACGUUACUUGUGGGGCACUGGAUCAUGUACAAUGUCUGGGUAAUCGAACGUUCACACAACAAAUGAAUUGCCGUUACUGUUAUCAAACGGAGAAAUGGCAGCAGACGUGUGCAUAUCGCAGUAAUUGUCAUGCAUCAAGUGGCAGUUUCUAUCGUACCAAUUGCACGGUAAAUCCGGAUGUUUUUUGCCUUGGUAAUCGCUCAUUUACGCGGAAUGUUGUAUGCAAUUGGACGCAAGGCUAUCGAUGGAGUACCGCACUUAUAAUUAGUAUUACAUUGGGAGGAUUUGGCGCAGACCGUUUCUAUCUUGGCCACUGGCAGGAAGGAAUAGGCAAAUUAUUUAGUUUUGGUGGUUUAGGUGUUUGGACAAUUAUAGAUGUGCUGUUAAUUUCGUUACAUUACUUAGGACCGGCUGAUGGUUCAUUAUAUAUUUAGUAUUAAUAGUAGAUUUAGGUUAAUAAAACAUCAUCAAAUUUAGGAAACAGACUGUAAUAAAUAAAAGCAAAUGUAAGUGCAUAUGUUUUUCAUGAGAGUAGUGCUUCAUUUUAUUCAAAUAAAUUUUCAUUUUAUAACAUAA